AUGUUUCUUGACACAAACCCAACGCGGCUCGAGCCUGGUCGGAUAUCAUUGCUGGAGCUUGCCAGCUCGUUGGUUGCCCACUCCGAUCGUACCCUUCCAGACGGCGUGGGCGGUGUGAGGCAGGUGAGAGCGGGCGAUUUUCGAUUCAAUUGCUUGGAGUGCGACUUGGGAAUCAACAAGGUGGGAAAGAUGGAAGACGGACGACAAGCUGAGAAUACUCCCGGCAUGCUGGCGUCGAAGGGGUUUUCUUUGUCAGCUCCGGUGCAGGUGCCAGCCAUGCACUGGUCUCUCCUGGUGCUUCACUUCAACUUGUUACACCGCGAGCACCGGCAUCAAGGUGAUUUGGAUGAUUUCCCGCCACUGGAGCUCCGGCUCCGAAGAGAACCUACUGCGAGCCGACGCAGGCAAGCCCAGGCGGGCAGUCAGGCCGACAAUAUCUUAUUAUGGGGACAGACAUUGUAUGUCCAAGAGGGUAGAGGCACCGCUUCCCUGACGCAGCUGGAGCAGAUCCGUCCAGGACGAUGGACCCACACGAUCCCGUGCUGCUGGGGCCACCAGCCUUCCUUGACUGCCAACAUUGACCACUGUCAUAUCUUCAAUGUCUUGAUGCCGAUAUCAUUUCUGCCUCGACAACAUGUGGAAUAG